AUGACAAGAGCUAAACUGGCCUAUUUAGAAUACAUCGGGUUUGCUUUACAGUUGCUCGAUGACUUACAAGAUCUACAUGAAGAUAUGAAAAAUAAUCAUCGAACUAUUUUUACCCAGUCUCUGGUCGAAGGAAAAACAUUAGAUGAACCAACAGCUCGCCUUAUUCAAUAUUGUCAUUGUGCACCAGCGGAUGAAAAAUUUAGUGACGAUAAACGUACAGCAUCAGAGAAUCAAAGUGGUAUCACAUUCGCUCACUAUAUACGUAUUUCGAUGAUGAGGUUUUCAAUAGCACUGACCUUAGAGGCUGCUUCUCAACUAGAAAAAUAUUAUUCAAAAGAAAUCUACAGUGAACUAUCUAAACUCAGCCCGAUACCAUUUGAUCAACUUAAAACAAUUCGGGUCGAAGAAAGACUUUGGGCAAUUGUACAAAAUCAGUCGUUUUGA